AUAUGAAGUAACUCUGUGGGCUCUGACUUCUUUAUACCCCAAUCAAUCCAACACGAAAGCUGACUGUGCAACAGCGAUUGGGAGAGGUACAGCAACUCAGGGUGAACAUCUGAGAAUUGUCGCUGGGUUCACAGGCAAGAGUGAUGCGGAGGCAAUGCUGUGUUGUUCCAGGAGGCAAUGCUGCGUUGAACUCUCUGGACUUCAAACUGCGUUUUGGCACAUUUUGCAGCUCUUCUCCGCCAUUUCCUUUUGAUGCUGAAAGACAAACAAAUUGACGCACACUUGCUGUUGGUCUUCACUGGGACUCUAGGCUGACAGCCAUGCUUCCGUAUCUCAGAUAUCCCUUCAAGAAGCUGGGUAUUGUAAGGGCACUGGGAACAAUUGUGUCAGGAUCUAAAACCUCAGCCCAAGUCCGGGAAAGAUUGAAGAAUGAAGUGAGCCAGAUGAAGGAGUUGGCUCCUGGCUUCCGGCCCGGCCUCGCUAUCCUGCAGGUAGGCGACAGGGAUGACUCCAACCUAUACAUCAGUAUGAAGCUGAAAGCUGCUGCCGAGAUUGGGAUGAAUGCCAACCACAUAAGACUGCCAAAAACCGCAAGUGAAGAAGAAGUGCUGGAUAGCAUUGCCCACAUCAACGAGGAUCCCAACGUCCAUGGACUCAUUGUGCAGCUCCCGCUGGACUCCAAUAAUCCCAUUGACGUAGAAAAAGUAACCAACGCAGUUGCUCCAGAGAAGGAUGUGGAUGGAUUAACCAGUAUCAAUGCUGGUAAACUGGCCCGCGGUGACCUCGGUGACUGCUUCAUCCCCUGUACGCCAAAAGGCUGCCUGGAGCUGAUUAAACAGACAGGUGUGAAGCUUGCGGGGUCCAAGGCUGUUGUCAUUGGACGCAGCAAAAUCGUCGGGGCCCCUAUGCACGACCUUCUGCUGUGGAACCACGCGACUGUCACCACCUGCCACUCCAGGACUGCGGACUUGCAGGGAGAGGUGUUGAAAGCAGACGUUCUGGUUGUUGGAAUCGGCAAAGCUGAGAUGGUGAAAGGCAGCUGGAUCAAGCCUGGAGCUAUUGUUAUUGACUGCGGAAUUAACCAUGUUCCUGACAGCACGAAGACGAGCGGGAAGAGAGUUGUUGGUGACGUGGCCUACAGUGAGGCCAAGGAGGUGGCCUCACACAUCACUCCUGUGCCUGGAGGCGUGGGGCCCAUGACUGUCUGCAUGCUGAUGGAGAACACAGUGGAAAGCGCAAGGCGCCAUCUGGAGACCUUCAAACCAGGCAAAUGGUCGAUUCGGUACUCAAAGCUGAAUCUUUUACAGCCUGUUCCCAGUGACAUUGCCAUCUCGCGGGCCGGCACGCCAAAGCACAUCAGCCGCCUGGCGAGGGAGGUGGGCUUGAUGUCGGAUGAAGUGGAGUUGUAUGGAAAAUACAAGGCAAAGGUGCUUCUCUCAACCCUGGAACGGCUGAGACCCCAGCAGGAUGGGAAGUACAUUGUGGUCACUGGCAUCACUCCCACUCCUCUUGGGGAAGGCAAGAGUACUACCACCAUCGGGUUGGCACAGGCCAUCGGCGCUCACCUGGACCUCAAUGUCUUUGCUUGUGUUCGGCAACCAUCACAGGGUCCCACCUUCGGGAUUAAAGGAGGAGCAGCGGGUGGUGGAUACUCUCAAGUUAUCCCGAUGGAAGAGUUCAAUCUCCACUUGACGGGUGACAUACAUGCCAUCACAGCCGCUAAUAACCUGGUCGCUGCUGCCAUCGAUGCCCGCAUGUUCCAUGAGACAACGCAGUCUGACAAGGCUUUAUUUAACCGCCUGGUGCCUUCAAACAAAGAUAUUCGAACCUUCAGCGAGAUUCAGCUUAGGAGGUUGAAGAAACUCAGGAUUAGCAAAAGUGACCCCAACUCGCUUACUGAUGAAGAAAUAAACCUCUUUGUGAGGCUAGACAUUGACCCGGAUACAAUCACUUGGCAGCGAGUGAUGGACACCAAUGACCGAUUUCUGAGAAAGAUAACAAUCGGACAAUCCAGUACUGAGAAAGGGUUCACCAGAACGGCGCAGUUUGACAUCACGGUGGCAAGUGAGAUCAUGGCAGUGCUGGCUCUGACGGACAGUGUGCAGGAUAUGAGGCAGCGUCUGGCCAACAUGGUGGUGGCUUUCAGCAGGAAAGGAAAUCCUGUCACCACAGAUGAUUUGGGAGUAAGUGGAGCUCUGACUGUGCUGAUGAAGGACGCCAUUAAACCCAAUCUUAUGCAGACUCUGGAGGGAACCCCCGUCUUUGUACACGCUGGACCUUUUGCAAAUAUUGCACACGGAAACUCCUCCAUCUUGGCUGACAAAAUAGCACUGAAGCUGGUCGGACCUGAAGGCUUUGUGGUCACAGAAGCAGGGUUUGGAGCUGAUAUUGGAAUGGAGAAGUUCUUCAACAUCAAGUGCAGGUACUCCGGCCUGCGUCCACACGUGGUGGUGCUGGUCGCCACUGUCAGAGCUCUGAAAAUGCACGGGGGUGGACCCACGGUGACCGCAGGUGUCCCACUGCCGAAGGAAUAUAUUGAAGAGAAUGUGGACCUGGUAGAGAAGGGCUGCAGUAACCUGUGCAAGCAGAUCCAGAAUGCCCGCAUGUUCGGUGUGACUGUGGUGGUAGCAGUCAAUGUCUUCAAGACAGACACUGAGGCAGAGUUGGAUGUGGUCUGCCGGACUGCUAAGGAGACUGGGGCAUUCGAUGCUGUGAAGUGCACUCACUGGGCCGAGGGAGGCAAGGGGGCAGUGGCACUUGCCAGAGCAGUGCAGCAUGCUGCUGAGCAGGAGAACAAUUUCCAAUUCCUGUACAAUGUGGAGCUCGAUGUCGUGGAGAAGAUCCGAAUUAUUGCCCAGAAGAUUUAUGGGGCAGCAGAUGUGGAGCUCAGCCCUGAAGCUCAGCACAAGGUGGAGCUUUACACCAGACAGGGGUUUGGAGGCCUUCCCAUCUGCAUGGCCAAGACCCAUUUAUCCUUAUCGCACGAGCCGGACAAGAAAGGAGCUCCGACUGGCUUCAUCCUGCCGAUCCGGGAUAUCCGAGCCAGUGUGGGUGCGGGGUUUCUGUACCCACUGGUGGGCACGAUGAGCACUAUGCCAGGGCUGCCCACCAGACCUUGCUUCUAUGACAUUGAUUUGGAUCCAGAGACCGAGAUGGUGAACGGACUCUUUUAGCUGCAUAAGGUCCAGCACUGAAAGUCUAUGAUACGCUGCAGUGGGAUCUGAUGGAACGGUCUGUUGACUGAUUUUUGGGGGUGUGUGGGAGUUGGGGUUUGGGAACUGGGAUUGCCCAGCAUCAGAUGCUGCUUUUACGUUGCAACACAACAGGGAGCGCACAAUAGAAGUGUUGGAAACGGAAAUUUGAACUGACACUGUGACAAUCAUAGCUUUUGCGUAUAAUGUACUAAUUCGUUUCAAUGGGUUCGAUAUGUCUAAAAACUGAUAAUAAAUGAUAAUUUCAUACAA